AAUUAUUUUUUAAAGAGAGAACAAGCGACUUUAAAAAGUAUAAAAGAGAUUUUAGCCAAACUAGCACAUUAAAAAAAUGUCUCUAGUAGGAAACUAAAUGGAGAACAUAUUUACGGCAAUUUUUAUUACGACGAUGAGUUUGGCGAUAUCAUAAUAUUAAUAGUAAGUUAGUUCCAAAUAAAACGGGCAUUUGGUAAAUAAAUACAGUAUUUGCAAACAUAUGUUUUCUUACUUUGACAAAAAAUAAUAUUGAUAAAACAGCCAAAAUAUUAAAUCUGUGUUUGUAUUUUUGUUGAAAACUUUGUAAUUUCAAAUUUUUAAAUACAUUCAGAUGUGUGCCUGUUAUUUUGUCAUGAAGAUAUGUUUCAAACUACCUUUCUCGAACAACCUUCAAAAAACAAUUUCCAUCUUUAGUUUCAUACCCAGCAGCCUUUAAAGUAAGCUCUAAGCAAUUUUCACUGCAAACUCCUUCGCAUUUGAAAAGUUUAUCUUACGACAAUAUAAAUCCAGGUAUGAAGGCUACGAAACACGAUACGUCAUACCCGAUGGUUUACCGGGCUGCAGCAUUAGAAAAAGAGCUGAGAGAGGGAGCAAAAAAACCGUUUACCGAGAUAAUCAAAGCUAACGUAAACGACGCUCAAGCAGUGGGCCAGUCUCCCAUAACUUUUGUUAGACAGGUCCUAUCUUUGGUUGUACUUCCGGAACUUUCCAAUGAUUCCCGAUUCCCUGAAGAUGUGAAAAAACGAGCGAAGGAAAUCCUAGACGGGUGCAAGAGUGGCAGCGUUGGUGCCUAUUCUGAAUCGACGGGUAUUGAAGUGAUAUGCAAACAAGUGGCAAAGUACUUGGAACUCAGGGAUGGAGUUCCUAGUAACUGGGCGAAUAUCAUUCUCACCAUGGGAUCAUCAGAAGGUGUGCAGUACCUACUGAGUGCUAUGAACGAGAAGGUGGAGGGAAAGAAACCAGGGAUAAUGAUACCGAUUCCAGAACAUCCACUGUACUCUGCUUGCAUCUCUGAGUUCGGGAUGGAACAGGUUGGAUACUACCUGAAGGAGGAAAAGAGCUGGUCACCAGAGACAGAAGAGUUGGAAAGAGCCUACCGUGAGGCUGCGAAGAUCUGCAGACCUCGAGCCAUCGUUGUAAUUAAUCCCGGAAACCCUACUGGCGAAAUAUUAAAGAGGAGAAACAUAAUGAAUGUCAUAAAGUUUGCUCACAAGCACAAUUUGUUCAUUCUCGCUGAUGAGGUCUAUCAAGACAACAUUUAUGAGGGAAGCAAGUUCUACUCAUUUAAGAAAACGAUAGCUCAAAUGGGCUCUCCUUUCAGUGAAGUUGAGUUGGCAUCCUUCAUGUCGUGUUCAAAAGGAUACAUGAAUGAAAGUGGCCUGAAAGGCGGGUAUGUGGAAGUUGUUAACACGGAUCCCCAGGUGAUAAGUAUGUUGGUAAAGAGUUUUUCUGUUAGACUAUGUUCCGGCACAGAUGGCCAGGCAGCAUUGUACUGCAUGACUAAUCCCCCUCAGCCGGGAGAGCCUUCCUACGAGCAGUUCAAGUCAGAGAAGGAAGGAAUAUUCAAGUCAAUGGCAGCCAGAGCCAAGAUGGUUUCUGAUGGCCUCAACGGUAUCCCCGGAAUAAGUUGUAAUGCAGUGCAAGGAGCUAUGUGUGCCUUCCCUCAGGUGAAAAUACCAGAAAAAGCUGUAGCGAAGGCCAAGUCAGAUAAUAAAUGCCCUUCAACCUUCUAUGCUCUCCAAUUACUUGAAAAAACAGGAGUCUAUGUUGAUCCAGGAUCAUUCUUCAGUCAAAAACCUGGCACUUACCAUUUCAGAAUCACAAUUCUAUCCGAUUACGACAAGUUGAAAUUUAUAUUGAAAAAAAUAAAGGAAUUCCAUUUGAAGUUCUUGGAGGAGUAUAAAUGAGUCAAUUGUGCUCUUUACUGUAAUAAAUAAAAAUGUUGAAACUGAGA